AUGAAUGCAGUGCGCAGGGAGCCUCAGCGCAAUGGUACGGAGUCUGAGCAGUCUAUGUUGACGCCUAUUCCUUUCCCACGUUCGUUCUAUAGCGAACCAGAACCUUCUCCGUACAAGACAAAUCAAGUUUACUCUCAGCAGGAGUUCCUGAAGUCUUCAAAAGACAUAUGCGUGAAAGACGUGAGAUUCUCAAACGUUACGAACGCACAGUGGGAAGGGUUGCGAGAGAUACGGAGACGCGUAGCAGGCGGCAAAAUCCGUCUUCAAUGGCUCUACGGAAAAGGCGUUUGUCCUGUAAUGUCGCAGGCUGAAUGCGUUAUGAGUAUCUAUAGGAAAGAUGGCAAAGUUGGAUACAGGCUGAUGAAAAUAUGGAGGUUGGACGCUCCCUGUCCGGUUCCGGAUUUCUAUAGCCUGAUCAAAACUUAUUAG